CCAACUGUCCCCUUCUAACUUCACUUUUUCACCCCGGCUAUGUCUUUUUAAAGCAGGCGCAGGAGGUGUCGGGUGAGGAAGAAAAAAAACAAACAAAUCAUGGUUGUAGGUUAAUGCCGGAGCGUCUGCUUGAACCACGUAUUUAAAAGGAGAGACGAGGCACCAGAGGAACCCCGGGGAAGAGACGAGCCAAGCCGGGUCCAAGAUGCUGUUUGGCGCACUGAUAACUUUGCUGCUCACCCUGGGUGCAGGCGUGGACGGCAGUGCGGAGUGUUCUUGUGGGAGGAACCACUUCACGUGUGCAGUCAGUGCGUUUGGCGAGUGCACCUGCAUCCCGGCUCAGUGGCAGUGCGAUGGAGACAACGACUGCGGGGACCAUAGUGAUGAAGAUGGAUGCAUGCUCCCCACCUGCUCGCCGCUGGACUUCCACUGUGACAACGGCAAAUGUAUCCGCCGCUCGUGGGUGUGUGACGGAGACAACGACUGCGAGGACGACUCCGAUGAGCAGGACUGCCCUCCCAGGGAGUGCGAGGAAGAUGAGUUCCAGUGCCAAAACGGCUACUGUAUCCGUAGCCUGUGGCACUGUGACGGAGACAACGACUGCGGCGACAACAGCGACGAGCAGUGCGACAUGCGGAAAUGUUCCGACAAGGAGUUCCGCUGCACGGACGGCAGCUGCAUCGCCGAGCAUUGGUACUGUGACGGGGACACGGACUGUAAAGACGGCUCCGAUGAGGAAAACUGCCCCUCAGAUGUGAUGGCAGCCACCUGCAGCGUGGAGGAGUUCCAGUGUGCAUAUGGCCGCUGCAUCCUGGACAUCUAUCACUGUGACGGGGACGACGACUGCGGCGACUGGUCGGAUGAGUCAGACUGCUCAUCCCACCAGCCAUGCAGGUCUGUGGAGUUCAUGUGCAGCAGUGGCAUGUGCAUCAACGCAGGAUGGCGGUGUGAUGGCGAAUUCGACUGCGACGAUCAGUCCGACGAGAAGAAUUGCACUACGUCCAUGUGCACGGCAGACCAGUUUCGGUGUGGAACGGGACGCUGUGUGCGGUUGUCGUGGCGAUGCGACGGCGAAGACGACUGCUCGGACCGCAGCGAUGAAGAGGGUUGUGAGAAAUCGGAGACGUCGCCUUGCGCUCCGGACCAGUUCCAGUGUGGGAAUGGACGCUGUAUCGGUCAAAGGAAGGUGUGCAAUGAGGUCAACGACUGCGAAGACGGGACUGACGAACUCCCACAUCAUGAAUGUCGUCCACGCUCCAGCGAUGGUAACUGUAAUCAGAAUAACGGAGGUUGCUCCCAGAAGUGCCAAAUGGUCCGCGGACUGGUCCAGUGCACCUGUCACACCGGGUACCGACUGAUGGAUGACGGCAGAUCCUGCCAAGAUGUGGACGAGUGUGCCGAAGAAGGCUACUGCAGCCAAGGCUGCACCAACAUCGAAGGCGGCUUCCACUGCUGGUGUGUUCAGGGUUACGAGCUGCGGCCCGACAAGCGGAGUUGCAAGGCGCUGGGUCCAGAGCCAGUGUUGCUGUUUGCCAACCGGAUCGAUAUCCGCCAGGUUCUGCCGCACCGCUCCGAGUACACGUUACUGCUCAACAACCUCGAAAACGCCAUCGCCCUCGACUUCCAUCACAGCCUUGAGCUGGUUUUCUGGUCCGACGUGACGCUGGACCGCAUCAUGAAGGCCAACCUCAACGGGUCCAACGUGGAGGAGGUGGUCUCCACCGGCCUGGAGAGCCCAGGUGGGCUGGCCAUUGACUGGAUCCACGACAAACUGUACUGGACUGAUUCCGGGACCUCCCGCAUUGAGGUGGCCAACUUGGACGGGACCCACCGCAAAGUCCUACUGUGGCAGAACAUGGAGAAGCCCCGGGCCAUCGCGCUGCACCCGAUAGAGGGUAAGAUCUACUGGACCGACUGGGGCAACACACCUCGCAUCGAGUACGCCAACAUGGACGGCUCGAACCGGCGGGUGAUUGCAGACACACACUUGUUCUGGCCCAAUGGCCUGACCAUCGACUAUGCGGGACACCGCAUGUAUUGGGUCGACGCCAAGCACCACGUCAUCGAAAGGGCCGACCUGGACGGGCGCAAUCGCAAAGCCGUCAUCAACCAAGGUCUGCCUCACCCGUUUGCCAUCACCGUGUUUGAGGACAGCCUCUACUGGACUGACUGGCACACCAAGAGCAUCAACAGUGCCAACAAAUUCACGGGGAAGAACCAAGAGAUCAUCCGUAACAAGCUGCACUUCCCCAUGGACAUCCACACCUUGCACCCCCAGAGGCAACCUGAAGGAGGCAAGAACCGCUGCGGCGCCAACAAUGGAGGCUGUAGUCACCUGUGUCUCCCUAGCAACAAGACAUACACCUGUGCUUGUCCAACUGGCUUCAAGAAGGUGGACCACUACAACUGUGCUAACAGUCUUGACAAGUUCCUGCUUUUUGCCCGAAGGACGGACAUCCGACGAAUCAGCUUCGACACAGAGGACAUGUCCGAUGAUGUCAUCCCUCUGGCUGAUGUGCGCAACGCCGUGGCACUGGACUGGGACGCCAAGGACGGCUACAUCUACUGGACCGACGUCACCACGGACUCCAUCAACAGAGCCCUUUGGAAUGGCAGCAAACAGGAGUUGGUGGUGGACACCAGUCUGGAAAGUCCAGCAGGUUUGGCUAUCGACUGGGUGACCAACAAACUCUACUGGACGGAUGCUGGUACGGAUCGCAUCGAGGUCUCUAACGCAGAUGGGAGCAUGCGGACCGUGCUUAUAUGGGAGAACCUUGACCGGCCCAGGGACAUUGUUGUUGACCCGAUUGGAGGCUUAAUGUACUGGACCGACUGGGGCGCCAACCCGAAGAUUGAACGUGCCGGGAUGGACUCUUCCGACCGUGUCGUCAUUAUAUCUUCCAACUUGACAUGGCCCAAUGGACUUGCCAUUGACUAUGAGACUAAACGCUUGUACUGGGCAGACGCUGGCAUGAAGACGAUUGAAUACGGGAACUUUGAUGGUUCUGACAGACAGGUUUUGAUUGGCACCCAGCUGCCUCACCCCUUUGGUCUCACUGUACAUGAAGACAGGCUGUACUGGACAGACUGGCAGUCCAAGAGCAUCCAGAGCGCGAACAAGCUCACCGGUUUGGGACGGCAUACGCUGGCGGAAAAUCUGGAGAACCUCAUGGACAUUCAUAUGUUCCAGAGGCACCGUGAAACAGUCCACAACCCGUGUGCAGUGAAUAAUGGAGGCUGUAGCCACCUGUGUCUCCUGGCUCCUGCUCCCAAAGCUUACAGCUGUUCCUGUCCCACCGGGAUCAACCUUCAGGCAGACGGAAAAACCUGCACACCCGGAAUGAGCAGCUUCCUGAUCUUUGCGCGGAGGACAGACAUUAGAAUGGUUUCUCUGGACAUCCCUUACUUUGCGGACGUGGUUCUCGCCGUCAACAGUUCCAUGAAAAACACCAUCGCCGUGGGCGUCGACCCAAAAGACGGAAAGGUGUAUUGGUCUGACAGUACACUGAAGAAAAUCAGCAGAGCCAACAUCAACGGGACGGCGGACGAGGACAUCGUGUCUACAGGGUUGAUGACCACCGACGGCUUGGCGGUGGACGCCGUAGGACGAAAGAUUUACUGGACGGACACAGGCACCAACCGGAUAGAAGUUGCCAAUCUGGACGGUUCCAUGAGGAAAGUUCUCGUCUGGCAAAACCUGGACAGCCCUCGAGCCAUCGCCCUCUACAACGAGAAGGGUUUCAUGUACUGGACUGACUGGGGAGAACAUGCGAAGCUGGAACGUUCUGCGAUGGACGGGUCGGAUCGAGUAGUCCUCAUCAAUAACAACCUGGGCUGGCCUAAUGGUCUCGCUAUCGACGUGGCUGGAUCACAGCUACUGUGGGCCGAUGCUCACACUGAGCGUAUCGAGGCGGCUGAUCUUAACGGCCAAAACCGCCGGACACUCGUGACUCCAGUCCAGCACCCGUACGGCUUAACCCUCCUCGGGUCCCACAUCUACUGGACUGACUGGCAGAGCCGGAGCAUCCAGCGGGCAGACAAGAAUACCGGAACCAACACCAUUACUGUACGUGCUAACCUACCGGGUCUGAUGGACAUUCAGGCCGUGGAUAGGGAGAAACCUCUGGGAUUGAAUAAGUGUGGCAGAAAGAACGGCGGCUGCACUCACCUGUGCCUGCCUCGUCCCAACGGUACGUCCUGCGCUUGUCCCACCGGCAUCCUGCUCAAGGGCGACGGCAGAUCGUGCGACGACUCCCCAGAGGCCUUCCUCGUCUUCUCCAACCGAGUCAGCGUGCGGAGAAUCUCCUUGGACACCGACGAUCACACGGACGUGCACGUGCCCGUGCCCGAGCUUCACAACGUCAUUUCGCUGGACUACGACAGCGUGGAUGGAAAACUGUACUACACCGAUGUCACCUUGGACGUGAUAAGGCGAGCAAACCUGGAUGGCACAGGCAUGGAGACCGUAAUCAGCCAGGGUCUAAAGACCACAGAUGGGCUGGCUGUGGACUGGGUGGCCAGGAACAUGUACUGGACCGACACCGGCCGAAACACCAUCGAGGUGGCUCGUCUUGAUGGAACAGGUCGCAAAAUCCUGGUCAACAACAGUUUGGACGAACCCAGAGCCAUUGCUGUGUUCCCCAGCAAAGGAUUUCUGUUCUGGACCGAUUGGGGUCAUAUCGCAAAAAUCGAGCGGUCUCACCUGGAUGGUACAGACCGGAAAGUUCUGAUCAACACUGACCUGGGCUGGCCUAAUGGACUCACAUUAGACUAUGACACGAGGAGGAUCUUUUGGGUGGACGCCCACUUGGACAGGAUCGAGAGCUCGGACCUGAGCGGGAAGCUGCGACAGAUCCUGGUCAGCCCAGUGUCCCACCCCUUCGCCCUGACCCAGCAAGACCGCUGGAUCUACUGGACUGAUUGGCAGACUAAGUCCAUCCAGCGGGUGGACAAGCACAAUGGCCGGAACAAGGAGACGGUGCUGGCCAAUGUUGAGGGCCUCAUGGACAUUAUUGUGGUGUCACCUAACAGGCAGACAGGCACUAAUCUCUGUGGGGUGAACAAUGGAGGCUGCACUCACCUGUGCUUUGCCAAGACCAACAGUUUUGUCUGCGCGUGUCCUGAUGAACCAGACGGGCGUCCCUGCUCCACCAUUGCAGGCUACAUCCCGACUUCUCCCGCCAGAGAAGCCAGCAGCACACCAGUUCCCAAUAAAAUCCCCAAAGCUCCAACUGAACCCUCUCAAAGAGGACCGUCAGUGGUCAACUGCACUGACAAGAACCUCAAUGUCGAAGGGUGUUUACAGAGCAACGUGGUGACAGCUCCACAUGGAGAAGGACUUCACAUCAGCUAUGUGAUAGGCGGAGUUUUGACCAUGCUGGCUAUUCUCAUCCUCAUUGCUGCUUUGAUUAUUUAUCGACAUAAAAAGUCCAAGUUUGCCGACCCAGGAGUCAGCAACCUGACCUACAGUAACCCUUCGUACCGCACGUCCACGCAAGAGGUCAAGAUCGAGGCGUCUCAGAAGCCUCCGAUAUACAAUCAGCUGCGAUACAAGAAGGAGGGCGGCGUGGACGGCGGCUACACCAAGGAGAAGAUCCGCAUCGUGGAGGGCGUGUGCCUCCUGUCCACCGAGGAGCUUUACUGGGACGACCUGAAGCAGAUUAAGCCGUCCCGGGGGGGCCUGCACGCCUGCAUGCGCACCGACACCGUCUCCCUGCAGGCCAGCAGCGCCUCGCUGGACGACGGCGAGACCGAGCAGCUCCUGCAGGAGGAGGCGUCGGAGUGCUCCUCCAUAACCACGCUCGCCCCUUCCGCCGUCACCCCGCAGCGCCACCACGCCCACCACGGCCUGCCCGACACCGGCUGGGCGUCCAUGCGCAAACCCUCCACCGAGAGCGAAGUGUGAGGACCGUCUUCGCCGAAACACACGCGCCUGUAUGUAUUUAUAGCUGCUGCAAGACGGGAUGCUCGCGCAGAUUCCCCCAUUUAGAGUCGGCGUAGGCAACUCGUUCUAAAAAGUGGGGCUCCGUCCUACUUCGUCGCAUACACAUCCCCCCUUAGUCUGCGCUCAAACCAUCAACUCAUUAGCAUGCUGGAAUAAGCGAGCGAAGGACCCCCGGGAGGAAGUGACCAGAGACACAAACGCUAAAGGAAGCGGACUCAUUUUCUCUCUCGCCGUGUCACUUUUUAUGCAAGCUUCUUUCCUCCCGGGGAAAACGACUUCUUCCACGCCCUAAAAACCACUCAUCUCUUUACAAAAACUCUAUUUAUGAACUUUUUUUGUGUGUGUGUGUGUGUUUUUUUUUUUUUCUUUUGUACUGGCUUUUAGACGGCGUCGUGUCGAGUUUUGUGCAGCAGUCGUGUUUAUGACGGCGCCAAAGGGGCGGGGCUUCCUGAAAGCAAACUUUUAGCUCCGGUUUUUACACGUUCAUUGUCGCAAACGCCGCCUGGAAGAUUGUAUCGUUCAAACCAGUGGCUUUCAAAUAUUUUCUUUCACCUCAGAAAACACGUGGCUCGCCAAGCACCGACAUGCAGUAGCUUAGUAGGCAUAAGUAUUCAUCAGGAAAGAGGCGGGGGUUAUAUUUGCGAUUAUAUUCGAUAUUUCAGGCCACUGACAUUACACAUAGCAAGAUAAAACACUGUACUUUCAUGAAGUGAUUCUUUUGGCGUACCACUAGAUCAAACUCAAGGCCCCAGGGGGCCAGAUCUGGUCCCCCUCAUCCUUUCGUAUGGCCCGUGAACGCCUGGAAAUGACACGCAUCAAUAAAGUAAGUUCCUUAUAUUUUUUCAGUAAAAGGUAUUUUUUUCUCUCCAUUUUGACAGAAAAAAUUACCGCAUGAAAUUGCGUAACUUUUUAAAUUUUAAUGGUAUCUAAUAUUGCAACAUAUUUACUUCUUGGUCAACAUAAUAAAUAAAUUCGCUUGACUUAGUAAGAUAUCCGUCAAAUUGUACAAUGUAAAAUGGUCAAAAUGAUGGUGUUUUUUUUACAGCUUAUUACUGUAAAUAGAAAAAGCUAACAGUUUUUUUCUGGUAAAAUUAUGUCGACUGAGGUGCCAGUUUUUUUUACCGUUAAAUCCGUGGUGGUUGGUUUUGCGAUGGUUUUUUGUUUUACGAUACCAUUUUUUUUUUACGUUAAAAACAGGCAGCUCAGUUGCCACAAUUAAAAAAAAAAAUUAAAAUACAAAAAAAAAAAAAA